CGGGACGCUGGGCGUCCGGGGACGGGAAAGUACACGGUGAGCGGCCUAGGUCUUGCGGACUCCACGAGGCCCCGGGGGUGCGUCCCUGGGCUCUGAAGGGAGGCGGCUCCGGGAGUGUCAGCCGCGAGCGGUUCUCCAGAAGUAUGGAGAAAGAAAGAGGAAUGGCUGUUGACCAAGCCAAGUACCAGUCCACCUGUCAGCUGUGUCCUGGGAUAGCAGUGGAGGAUGGCCUGGGUGCUUGGGCCCCUGCACCUGCAUGGGAGACCUGGAAGAAGCUCCUGGCUCCUGGCUUUGGAUCAGUGCAGCUCCGGCCCUUGUGGCCAAUUGGGGAGUGAGCCAAUGGGUGAAUGACGUCUCUGCCUCUCCUUCUCUCUCUGUGUAACUCCAACUUUCAAAUAAAUAAAUAUUUUAAAAAAAAAAGCUUUAAAGAAGAAUGAUUUAUAGGCCGGCGCCGUGGCUCACUAGGCUAAUCCUCCACCUAGCGGCGCCGGCACACCGGGUUCUAGUCCCGGUCGGGGCGCAGGAUUCUGUCCCGGUUGCCCCUCUUCCAGGCCAGCCCUCUGCUGUGGCCAGGGAGUACAGUGGAGGAUGGCCCAGGUGCUUGGGCCCUGCACCCCAUGGGAGACCAGGAAAAGCACCUGGCUCCUGGCUCCUGCCAUCGGAUCAGCGCGGUGCGCCGGCCGCAGCACGCCGGCCGCGGCGGCCAUUGGAGGGUGAACCAACGGCAAAGGAAGACCUUUCUCUCUGUCUCUCUCUCUCACUGUCCACUCUGCCUGUCAAAAAAAAAAAAAAAAAAGAAUGAUUUAUAAUAAAAAGGUCAAUCUACCUUCAUAGAAUGGAUUCAAAUAUAUUUGACAGAACUGAAAGUACUAAUAGAAAAAUUACAGUCAUAGUGAGGGCUUGGAACCCCAGCCAGGUCUCUCACAUGGGUACAGGGGCUUAAGGACUUGGGCCAUGUACUGCUGCUUUCUCAGGCAGAUUAGUAGGGAGCUGGGUUGGAAGUGGAACAGUCAAGACUUGAACCAGUACCCCCAUAGGGUGCCUGCAUUGCAGGCGAUGGCUUAACCUGUUGCACCACAACACUAGCUACGUGUUAGUCAUUAUUAAAUGUAUAUUCCAAGAAGUAUUAAGUAUAUUCAUAUUGUUGUACAACAGAUUUCUAGAAGUUUUUCAUCCUGCAAACUAAAUCUAUAAUCAUCUAACAACAGCAUCAUAUUUCCCACUCUCCCCAGCCUUUGCCAGCCACCUCUCCUUUCUGUUUCUGUGAGUUUGACUGCUUUAGAUACCACUGUAAAUGGAAUUACGCAGUAUUUGCCUUUUUGUGUUUGGUUUAUUUCACUUAGCAUAAUGUCCUCAAAGUUCAAAAAUGUAGCUUGUGGCAGUGACAUAAUUUUUUUAAAAGCAUGUAGUUGCAUUUAAUUUAGACAAUCUGUGACUUUUUUUUAAGAUUUAUUUAUUUGAAAGGCAGGGUUACAGAGAAGCAAAGACAGAGAGAGGUCUUUUUUUUUUUUUUUAAGAUUUUAUUAUUUAUUUAUUUGAAAGGCAGAGUUACAGAGAGGCAGAGAGAAAGAAGAGAGAGGUCUUCAAUUUGCUGGUUCACUCCUCAGAUGACUGCAACGGCCAGAGCUGUGCCAAUCCGAAGUCAGGAGGCAGGAGCUUCCACCGGGUCUCCCAGGCGGGUGCAGGGGCCCACAGACUUGGGCCAUCUUCCACUGCUUUUUGAGGCCAUAGCAGAGAACUGGAUCAGAAGUGGAACAGCUGGGACUUGAACUGGGCCCCAUAUGGGAUGCUGGCACUGUAGGUGGCAGCUUCACCCACUAUGCCACAGUGCCAGCCCUGAGAGAGAGGUCUUCCAUCUGCUGGUUCACUCCCAAAUGGCUGCAACAGCCAGAGCUGGGCUGAUCCCAAGCCAGGAGCCAGCAGCUUCUUCCGGGUCUCCCACGUGGGUGCAGGGGCCCAAGGACUUGGGCCAUCUUCUGCUUUCCCAGGCCAUAGCAGAGAGCUGGAUCUGAAGUGGAGCAGUGAAUCUCAAACCAGUGCCCAUAUGGUAUGCAGGCACUGCAGGUUUCGGCUUUACCUGCUACGCCACAGUGCAGACCCCAGCAGUGACAGAAUUUAUUUCAUUUUUGUUUUGUUUUCAGUAUAUUUUAUUUUGCAGAGCAAUUUUGGGUUCACAGUGAAAUUGCGGAGAUUUCAUAUAUAGCAGUCAACAUCCCUCACACAGGUGGUAUAUCUAUUUCUUUUUUUUUUUUUUUUUAGAUUUUAUUUAUUUAUUUGAGAGGUAGAGUUACAGACAGUGAGAGGGAGAGAGAGAAAGAAAAGUCUUCCUUCCAUUUGUUCACUCACCAAAUGGCUACAACAGCCAGAGCUGCGCUGGUCCGAAACCAGGAGCCAAGAGCUUCUUCCUGGUCUUCCCACAUGGGUGCAGGUACCCAAGAACUUGGGCCAUCUUCUACUGCUUUCCCAGGCCACAGCAGAGAGCUGCAUUGGAAGAGGAGUGGCUGGGACUAGAACCAGUGCCUAUAUGGAAUGCCGGCGCCACAGGCGGAGGAUUAACCUGCAGCGCCAUGGCACUGACCCCGGUAUAUUUGUUUCAAUUAAUGAAGCUACAUUGACACAUCAUUUCCACCUAGAGUCCAUGGUUUAUGUUGAGUUCAUUCUUGUUAUUGUAUGCUCUGUAGGCUUUGACAGAUGUGUAAUGAUAUGUAUCCACCAUUACAGUAUCCUAUGGAGCAGUUCCAUAGCUCUUAGAAGCCUCUGUUCAUCCCUCCUUCUCCCCACCCCUACUCUCAGUGCCUGGCAACCACUGAUUUUUUUACUGCCUCCAUAGUUUUGGCUUUGCCAGAAUGUCAUGUAUGUAGCUGGAAUCAUUUAGUAUGUGAUCUUCUCAUAUUGGCUUCUUUCAUUUAGUAAUAUACACCUAAGUUUCCUGAACCACUGAUCAUUGUGCCACGUCCCUUUGUAUACAUCAUCAGACGUGUAAGUUGCUGUUUGUAUUACAAGCAUACUUCAAAACAUUCAUGGAGAAAAGAAAUUAAAAGAACAGCCCUGAGGAGAACUGAUCAUCUUCACUGCUGAAAACCAUGGCUGGAGGACCAGUGACGUUCAGUGAUGUGUCUGUAGACUUCUCUCAGGAGGAGUGGGAGUGCCUGGACCCUACUCAGAGGGACUUGUACAGAGAUGUGAUGCUGGAGAACUACAGCAACCUGGUUGCCAUGGGACUUUAUAUUCCUAAGCCUCAAGUGAUUUCCUUAUUGGAGCAAGGGAAAGAGCCCUGGAUGAUUGGCAAAGAGCUGACAAGAGGCUUGUGUUCAGAUCUGGAGUCAAUGUGUGAAAGCAAGUUGUUAUCUCUAAAGAAAGAAGUUUAUGAAAUAGAGUCAUGUCAGAGGGAGCUAAUGGGACUGACGAAGCAUGGCCUUGAGUUCUCCAGCUUUAGAGAUGUUUUAGACUAUAGAAGCCAUUUUCCAAGUCAACCAGGCUAUCAUAAUGGGCAUUUGAACCAAGAAACAUUCACUCAUGAAUACAUGCCCACAUUUAUUCAACAGACAUUCCUUACUCUACAUCAAAUAAUUAAUGAUGGAGAGAAACCCUAUGAAUGUAAGAAAUGUGGAAAGACCUUUAGUCAGAACUCACAGUUUAUUCAACAUCAAAGAAUUCAUAUUGGUGAAAAAUCUUAUGAAUGUAAGGAAUGUGGGAAAUUCUUUAGUUGUGGUUCACAUGUUACUCGACAUCUGAAAAUUCACACUGGUGAAAAACCAUUUGAAUGUAAAGAAUGUGGGAAAGCCUUCAGCUGUAGUUCAUACCUUUCUCAACAUCAAAGAAUUCAUACUGGUAAGAAACCCUAUGAAUGUAAGGAAUGUGGAAAGGCCUUUAGUUACUGCUCAAAUCUUAUUGACCAUCAGCGAAUUCACACUGGUGAAAAACCCUAUGAAUGUAAAGUAUGUGGGAAAGCCUUCACUAAGAGCUCACAACUUUUUCAACAUGUACGAAUUCAUACAGGUGAGAAACCCUAUGAAUGUAAGGAAUGUGGCAAAGCAUUUACUCAGAGCUCAAAGCUUGUUCAGCAUCAGAGAAUCCACACUGGUGAGAAACCCUAUGAGUGCAAGGAAUGUGGCAAAGCUUUCAGUAGUGGAUCAGCACUUACUAAUCAUCAGAGAAUUCACACUGGUGAGAAACCGUAUGAUUGUAAGGAAUGUGGGAAGGCUUUUACGCAGAGCUCACAACUUCGUCAACAUCAAAGAAUUCAUGCUGGUGAGAAACCCUUUGAAUGUCUUGAAUGUGGGAAGGCUUUUACCCAGAAUUCGCAACUUUUUCAACAUCAAAGAAUUCAUACAGAUGAAAAGCCAUAUGAAUGUAAUGAAUGUGGAAAGGCCUUUAAUAAGUGUUCCAACCUUACUCGACAUCUGAGGAUUCACAGUGGUGAAAAGCCCUAUAAUUGUAAGGAAUGUGGGAAGGCAUUUAGUAGUGGCUCAGACCUCAUUCGUCAUCAGGGGAUUCAUGCUAAUGAAUAAUAAAAAAGCUCUGUCACCUUCCUGGUAUUUUUAAAUAGAAAUUCAUUUUUGCUAGUCUUUCACUACUUUUGGUUUAUUUGUAUUUAAGUUUUUAGUACAGAUGUAUUUCAUUGUAAGUUACGGAUUUUUAUUGUAAGUUAUGGAUUCAGAGUCUGACAUCCUUCCUCCUCCCCAACCUGUAUCAGUGUCAAUUAUUCAGUAAUUCUUUCCUUUCUCAUUGUUUUAUUUUACCUUGGUGAUACUCUAUAUAUUAUUCUUCAUAUUUGCUUGUGUUUGUAGAACUAUUUUUUUCUGUUUUGGAUAUUUGUACUUGUGCCAAUAUCACACUCUUUAAAUUGUGUGACCUUUGGUUUUUCUAGCAUACUAUGGAAUUAAUACUUUGUUGUUUAAGUCUGUUCAUUGUUUUCAUGUCUUUUAUUGUAAAACAAAAUAAGAAAUCAGAAGCUGAAAAUCUAAAAUUGUUUUAAAUAUACUAAUUAGUGCUGUCAAUUUGGUAAGUCUACCUGCUAGACUUUUUACAGAAUGCUCAUUUAUCUUCAUCUACUUGAAAGGCAGAGCUAGAACUUCCAUCUAUUCGUUCAAUCCGCAAAUGCUGAGCAAUAGCCAGAGCUUGGCUAGCGGAAGACAGGAGCUUGAAACUCUGUCAAAGUCUCCUACAUGUAGGUCAGGGUCCUAAGCAUUUGGGCCGUCAUCUUCUGCCUCCCAGGGUGCAUUAGCUGGAUCAGUGGCUUAACCCACUAUUCCACAACACCUGCCCCUGGACUUUCUUUCUUUCUUUCUUUCUUUCUUUUUUUUUUUUUUUUUUUUUUUUUUUUUUUUUUUGACAGGCAGAGUGGACAGUGAGAGAGAGAGAGAGAGAGAAAGGUCUUCUUUUUCUGUUGGUUCACCCCACAGUGGCCACUGCGGCCGGCUCACCAUGCUGAUCCAAAGCCAGGAGCCAGGUGCUUCUCCUGGUCUUCCUUGCAGGUGCAGGG